UAUCCACGUAUGGGCAGUCUAUAGAACAGUGAACACAUAAGAGGGUUUGGAGAUAUUAAGUUAUCACGCAGUGGGAUGUCCGAUCUGUUCAGUGGGUCCUGUCAUCGUAGUGAGCUGAACUUUGGUCUUCUUCAUUCACUGUUGGCCGGCUAGCCUGCUAGCUUGCCUAACUAGGCUAGCAUUAGCAACAGCAGGACUCCAUCUUCUGAACACCAGCCACACACAGAAAAGCAGCAUGGUGGACAAGAAUAUCUACAUCGUCCAGGGUGAAAUUAGCACGGUUGUUGGAGCUAUCAAGAGAAACUCCAGAUGGAAUACCCACACUCCACUGGACGAAGAACAGGACCCAUUACUAAACAGCUUUGGCCACCUCAAGGAAAUACUCAACAACAUUAAAGAGCUCUCUGAUGUUGAGCCAAACGUUUUUCUGAGGCCCUUCCUAGAAGUGGUUCGCUCCGAGGACACCACCGGACCAAUCACAGGCCUUGCCCUCACUUCUGUCAACAAGUUCCUUUCCUAUGGCCUUAUAGAUGCUAACCAUGAGGCAGCAGCAGAAGCCAUCGAGAACAUGGCAGACGCAGUCACACACGCUAGAUUUGUGGGAACGGACCCUGCCAGCGAUGAAGUCGUCCUCAUGAAAAUUCUACAGGUCCUGAGGACGCUGCUGCUGACACCCGUUGGAGCCCAUCUGACCAACGAGUCCGUUUGUGAGAUCAUGCAGUCCUGCUUCAGGAUCUGCUUCGAGAUGCGCCUAAGUGAGCUCCUCAGGAAAUCAGCUGAACAUACACUGGUUGACAUGGUGCAGCUACUGUUCUCUAGACUUCCACAGUUCAAAGAGGAGGCUAAGAGUUUUGUGGGUGCCAACAUGAAGAAGUUGAAGAUGCGCGCCGGGGGGAUGAGUGAGUCAUCCAAAUGGAAGAAGCAGAAACGCUCCCCAAGGCCGCCUCGCCACAUGGUCCGAAGUCCCUCCGGUCAGAUGGACUCAACCCAGUCCAGCACCCUCAGCAACAACAACCUCUCAGGUGGCGUCCCCUUCAUUGAGCAAGGCUUGUCCACCUCGGGCCUACCAGCUUCAGACAGCGCUGCUUCGUCCGUUUCCAGUCCUACAACCACAGACAGCGGCCUGGACACCUGUUCCAAAGCCACCUCCAGGGAAGACCUCUCUGACCUGGAACAGUGUAACUCAUCGGCCACCACCCCUUGCACUGCCACCAUCCUUCCUGAGCCUGAGCCCAGCUCACCCGAUGCACAGUCUGAGGACAGGCAGGUUGAACCAGCUCAGUCUACCUCAGUGGAGUCCAUCCCUGAGGUUCUGGAGGACAAAGACUCAGACGGCACCUCUAUCCAUGAUAUGGACUAUGUCAAUCCUAGAGGAGUGCGUUUCACACAGUCCACACAAAGAGAUGGAGCGUCUCUCAUCCCUUAUGGCCUGCCAUGUCUAAGGGAGCUUUUUCGCUUCCUGAUCUCACUGACCAACCCACAUGACCGCCACAACACUGAUGCAAUGAUGCACAUGGGUCUGCAGCUGCUGACUGUAGCACUUGAGUCGGCACACAUCACUAACUACCAGUCAUUAAUGGGACUGGUCAAAGAUGAGCUCUGCAGACAUCUCUUCCAGUUGCUGAGUAUGGACCGUAUGAACCUGUACGCUUCCUCCAUACGGGUUUGCUUCUUGCUUUUCGAAAGCAUGAGAGUACAUCUUAAGUUUCAGCUUGAGAUGUACCUAAAGAAACUGAUGGACAUCAUCACGUCAGAGAACAUUAAGAUGCCCUACGAGAUGAAGGAGAUGGCUCUGGAGGCGCUGGUCCAGCUGUGGAGGAUCCCCAGCUUCGUCACUGAGCUCUACAUCAACUAUGACUGUGACUUCUACUUCUCCAAUCUAUUUGAGGACCUCACCAAGCUGCUGUCCAAGAAUGCGUUUCCAGUGUCGGGGCAGCUCUACACCACCCACCUCUUAUCACUGGAGGCUCUGCUCACAGUGAUCGACAGCACGGAAGCCCACUGCCAGGCCAAGGUGCUCACAAGCACUGCUCAACAAGACCAGUCAGAAACACUGCUGGCAGAUGGAGAAGCUACCACCACAAACGGAACAGACACUACAGCUGAUUUUAAUAGACUUGACAGCACCGAUGAUCUUCCACCAGCUGAGGAUGCACCAGUGUGUCCACCGACCAGUGGACAUCUGAUGGCAGAGAAGAUGAGACUGGGAAGACAGGAUCAAGGGGACAAUGACUCUGCUGAGAACAGAGCCUUGAAAAAGCCUCACCGUUUCUCAUCAUGUUUACCCGAUUCCCAAGAGUUGAUGGACAUUAGAACGAAGAAGAAGCUGCUGAUCACAGGCACAGAGCAGUUUAACCAGAAGCCCAAGAAGGGGAUCCAGUUUCUGCAGGACAAAGGCCUGCUGAGCAGCCCUUUAGACAACAACCAGGUGGCCCAGUGGCUCAGAGAAAACCCCCGACUGGACAAAAAGAUGAUCGGCGAGUACGUCAGCGAUCGCAAGAACAUGGAGCUCCUGGACAGCUUUGUCAACACAUUUGGCUUCCAGGGGCUUCGUAUCGACGAGGCCCUGCGGCUCUACCUGGAGGCCUUCAGACUCCCAGGAGAGGCUCCUGUCAUCCAGAGACUCCUGGAAACAUUCACCGACAACUGGCAUAAAGUGAACGGCUCUCCCUUCAUGACCAACGAUGCAGGCUUCGCCUUGGCCUACGCUGUCAUAAUGCUCAAUACUGACCAGCAUAACCACAAUGUCCGCAAGCAGAAUAUCCCCAUGACUAUAGAGCAAUUCAAGAAAAAUCUGAAGGGAGUAAAUGGAAAUAAAGACUUUGACCAGGACAUGUUGGAGGAUAUCUACAAUGCUAUCAAGAAUGAGGAGAUUGUGAUGCCAGAUGAGCAGUCAGGGUUAGUGAAGGAGAACUAUGUGUGGAGCGUGGUGCUACACCGCGGAGCCACACCCGAAGGUGUUUUCCUCCACGUGCCACCCGGCAGCUACGACCACGACUUGUUCACCAUGACUUGGGGCCCCACCAUCGCCGCCCUUUCCUACGUCUUUGACAAGAGCCUGGACGACAACAUCAUCCAGAAGGCCAUCACUGGCUUCAGGAAGUGCGCCAUGAUAGCAGCUCACUAUGGCUUCAGUGAUGUUUUUGACAAUUUGAUCAUCUCCCUCUGCAAGUUCACCACUCUGAGUAGUGAGUCAGUGGAAAACCUUCCAACAGUGUUUGGCAGCAAUAAUAAAGCACAGACAGCAGCCAAGACGGUGUUUGACCUCGCCCAUCGGCACGGCAACAUCCUGAGGGAGGGCUGGAAGAACAUCAUGGACUCCAUGCUACAGCUGUUCAGAGCCGAGCUCUUGCCCAAAGCCAUGGUGGAGGUGGAGGAUUUUGUGGAGCCAAAUGGGAAGAUUUCUCUUCAAAGAGAGGAAACGCCUUCAAAUCGAGGAGAGUCGGCGGUGUUGAGUUUUGUUAACUGGUUGACGCUGAGUGGAGCCGAGCAGUCAGGACUCAGAGGACCGUCCACGGAAAACCAGGAGGCCAAGCAGGCUGCCAUCCUCUGCAUAAAGCAAUGUGACCCAGAGAAGCUGAUUACAGAGAGUAAAUUUCUCCAGCUGGAGUCUCUACAGGAGCUAAUGAAGGCUCUGAUAUCAGUCACCCCAGAUGAAGAGACCUACGAUGAAGAGGAUGCUGCCUUCUGCUUGGAGAUGUUGCUGCGUAUCAUUCUGGAGAACCGAGACCGCGUGUCGUGUGUGUGGCAGAUGGUGCGAGACCAUCUCUGCCAUCUUUGUGUCCACCCCAACGAAAGCUGCUUCCUGGUGGAGAGGGCUGUGGUGGGACUUCUUCGGCUUGCAAUCCGCCUGCUACGACGAGAAGACAUCAGCUCUCAGGUUCUCCUCUCACUGCGCCUCCUGCUGAUGAUGAAACCUCCCGUGUUGUCCCGGGUCAGUAGGGAGGUGGCCUUUGGCCUCCAUGAGCUGCUGAAGACUAAUGCAGCCAACAUCCACAGCACAAACGACUGGUUCACACUCUUCUCCUUGCUGGAGUGCAUCGGAGCCGGAGUGAAACCUCCCGCCUCAUUCCAGCUCACCUCCACCACUACUGACAAUGACACAGGAGCCCAGUCAGAUAGCGAGCUGCCAUCUCAUCAUGUCAGUGAAGUGAACUCAGACCGGGGCUACACGUCUGACUCAGGGAUCUACACUGAGCACAGCAAGACCAGGAUCCCUCGCUCCAUAACGGAUGUGGAUGUAGCAAGCAGUGGAUGGCUCGUGGUUGGGAAAGAGGACCUGGAGAUGAGUAAGACCCCUCCAGUAAACUCUAAAGCUCAGUUGAAUCAUCCACUGGUCAACCAGUACAGUCUGACGCUGGGUCAGGACCUGGGCCAGCACGACACCAAGUCUCUCAUCAAGUGUGUAGAGACGCUCUCGUUCAUCGUCCGUGAUGCCGCCCACGUCACCCCUGACAACUUUGAGCUGUGUGUCAGAGCCAUACGAGUGUUUGUGGAGGCCAGCCUCAACGGAGGCUACCGCAACCAUGACAAGAAGAAGAGCCACAAGUACGACUCCUCCAAGUCCCGGAUGAGAAAGAAGGCAGGGGGAAGGGACAAGGAGGGGGGAGGUGGAACGAGGCGGGGUGGCAGCCGGGCGUCCAAUCAGCGUCCAUCGCGUUCCCACAGCGACGAGGAGGAGGAUGAGGGUGUCCCGGCCAGCUACCACACGGUGUCAUUACAGGUUAGUCAGGACCUGUUGGACCUGAUGCAUACUCUGCACACGCGGGCUGCCAGCAUCUACAGCUCCUGGGCAGAAGAGCAGCGCCACCUGGAGGCUGCAGGAAGGAAGAUCGAGGCCGACUCCCAGACUCUGUGGACCAGCUGCUGGUGCCCUCUGCUGCAAGGCAUUGCUUGGCUAUGCUGUGAUGCCAGACGUCAGGUCCGUAUGCAGGCCCUCACCUACCUCCAGAGGGCGCUGCUGGUCCAUGAUCUGCAGACACUGGACGCCACCGAGUGGGAGUCCUGCUUCAAUAAGGUGCUUUUCCCCCUGCUGACUAAGCUGCUUGACAACAUAAGCCCAGCAGAUGUGGGCGGUAUGGAGGAGACCAGAAUGAGAGCCUGCACCCUCCUGUCAAAGGUUUUCCUCCAGCACCUGUCUCCUCUGCUGUCUCUGCCUACCUUUGCUGCCCUCUGGCUCACCAUUCUGGAUUUCAUGGACAAGUACAUGCACGCAGGAUCCAGUGACUUACUGUUGGAGGCCAUCCCUGAGUCCCUGAAGAACAUGCUGCUGGUGAUGGACACAGCAGGGAUCUUCCACAGCGCUGACUCCAGGACAGGAUACUCAGACCUGUGGGAAAUAACCUGGGAACGGAUCGUGUGCUUCCUGCCUCACCUGAGGGAGGAGCUCUUCAAACAGACGGUCAUACCAGAUCCCAGUCCUCCGGCAGAGCCUGCGCCGCCGCCACCCUCUGCAGGCCGGCCUUCAUCUCCACCGGUGUCUCCGUCACCUGCUCAGCCACCCUCCCCAGUCCCAGUUCCCCCUGCAGAGACACGGACCCCCAGCAGGCCAGCAUCACCCCAGGAGCCCCAAGCAGCCGGUGCCAACGGAUCGGACCGCUCGUCUCCGGUGCCAUCCUCCAUCCCCCCCGUGCCAUUGACAAUCCCCGCCCAGGCUCCCUCACCCCUGAGCCAGUCCCCUCUCAUCCUGCAGCCCCUCGCCUCCCCCCUGCAGGUGGGAGUCCCGCCCAUGUCCCUGCCAAUCAUCCUGAACCCCGCCCUCAUCGAGGCCACGUCCCCCGUACCUCUGCUUCCCGUUCACAGGGUUACGAGUCCUUCUGACGAGGUCAAGUAAGAGAGCUCAUCUCUCACCCCAACACACACACACACACACACACACACACACACACACACACACACACACACACACACACACACACACACACACACACACACACACACACACACACACACACACCACUCUGUCCUCUUUGCAGACCACCCCCCCUUAAACAACUGGAUUCCACAGACUUCAACUACAACUUCAAGAGCUCGUCCCAAGGUUCUUUAAAUGAUGUAAUAUGUACCAGCAGACAAAAUAGAUGUGCCACUUCAGUUAUACCACAUUUUCUUUCAAGGAAAAAAACACGGGACAUUUUCUGCUGAACAUUGUUCGUUCACAGUCUAAUUACUGUAUUAUGUUAAGAUACCCGGGAACAGAAAAUGCAGGAUAAAGUCAUACUAUGAAAAGUAUUAUAAGUAAAACUCUGAUUGAGGUGAAUUGGGUUGACCAUAACUGUAGAUAACAGCAGCUUUAGCUUCCACUGAGAGGGCUGAGGUCCUGUUCUCACUGUUUUUUGUAAAGUUGGGUCCUUUUAGAGAGUUUAUGUUGUACACAUGGCGAGCAUUUUAUAGGCUGAGUCCAGUCUUUUUAAACUUAAUGCAUCAUUUGUAUUUUAGUCCGAUACAAUAAAAUACAAAUUCUGAUUCAGUUUUCCCCAUCACAGUUUAUUUUUUAAUGUGAGGCAGGGGUCGAUGUCUUCUAGAUCUCAAAAAAAGACCCAAAGCUAACAAUCAGUGAGAUGAAUCCAGUGUGGGGCUCUAGUGGCUAUUUGACUGUGGGUCCAAAUAAACUGCAGUGUGUGUGUUGAUGGUGAUGAAGGACCAUCCAGAGCAGUAGUGUGGCUCAUUGAUGAAGAAGACGCAUCAGGCUUAAUGUACACACCAGACUUGUGAGAAGGAACUGUCAGUGUGGCUCUGCUGGUAGUGAGACACAUAUAAACUACCACCAUCUUUGGGGACAUGGUUCUAUACGUCUGUUCAGGCUACGGCCCUGCUUUCAUCCCAAAAAACCGUUUUCAUAUGUGGGAAUAUUCCUAAUCUGAUCACCAUCAGGUUAAAGUAUGUAUAAUAAUCUGAAGCCUGAUGUGUAACAUGAUUUAAAGUGUGGUAUAAAUGAUUGGUACAUCAGAACUGGGGUUAAGUGUCCCCCCCCCCCAGCUUUGAACUUGAUAAGACCAGGCUGACCUCAUGGCUUUGCUCACACACCUGUGCUUCAUAUUAAUCUAUAAACUUCAGUCAGACAGGGACAGUAAGUUAGUUAUGAGGAUUGGCGGUGCUGCAUGCUGUUGAUUAAAUAGGAUUUCCAGAGCUUUGAAUUCACUCGGAUGUUCCAGAGGUCUUAACAGAGCUGUUCUAUCACCGCUCCCUCAGAGGGAUCACUGUGUGAUUGAAAACUGUUCAGAGAAGGACUUUAUUUAUUUACCAGUCACUUUGUGUCUCACAGAAGCUAAAGACAGAGACACUGGCCCGAGCUGUUUCUUUAUUUUUCAAUUGUGCAUGAGCUCUUUGCCCCCAACAACUAAAAACAAGCUUUGAUUUGUGGCACCUUAUGAGUUCCUCUCCCACUGAACAGAGAGGGGCCUCCUCAGAGGGACCCGAGAUGUCCCACCUACAACAUUCCUAAAUGUAGAUACUGGAGCGUGCAGUAGCUCAGUCCACUGAAUGGAGCAGAGCGAGGGAUCCAGAUCGACUUUAUGUCCACACGUGAUGAAUCCCCAGGGCCUUUAUGUAACAAGACUCAUCAUAUCACAGAGUUCAUGGAAGCUGAUGAUAGCAGUAACUUGACCCCUUAUGGUUAAAUGUAAUCAUUUCUGAAUAUUUACUGAAAUUAUAGCAUUGAAAUAGGUAGUAAUAGUAAUCCAAUAAUUAAAGUGCAUGAUAAUAGAGUUAACAAAUUAAGAUUGAAAUCAAAAUUAUAUAUAUAUAUAUAUCAUUAUUUUCCACAAAUUUGAUCUAGAAAGUCAAGUCAGCUAAAAUUCUAAAUGAGGAAAAUAAGACUGGAACAUCUGGUCUGCCAAGAUCAGACGGAUCAAAUGACAUCGUGUGAAGUGGCUGAACGGAGGUCUGAUCCACCUCCUUCAGGCUCAUUGUGUUUGUUAGUUAGAGACGGCGUUUGGUGGUCUGAGGGCGCUUUCAUGAGCUGUCUGGUCCGACUCACACACACUGGUGUGUUUCCAUGUUUUAUUUGGGUUGGUGUGAACGCGUCAGUGGACCUCUGGUGCAGAUUGUUAGUGGUGUUAACCACAGGACUUUGGGAUGAACUUAUAUUACUCUUAAUUCCUCCUACUGAGAUCUCUUUGCUGUGUUUAAUAUAAUUUGGUAACCAUGGAAACACAUAUGCAUCAUAUAAUGAGAGGGAGGUAAAACAGAUGUUUAAGCAGUUCUUCAAGUGAGGUGAGCACACAGUAACUGUCCCCUUGUUUGUCACUAUUUAUGACUUCUGACAUCAUUUGUGAUCAUAAUUUUAAGACCUGACUUGAAUCGUUCAGAGAUCAGAAUUUAGCUCAUUACAUUUGAGCACCUUUAAUCCAAAACAUAAACUCAGAAUCAAGGUUUUGGUGAAUGGCCUUCUUACCAGAAUGGGAUUAGACCACAUACAGUCAGAUAAAGUCAAAUGUAAAAUUUCCUCUUAUGUAUAUAGUCGUGGUUACGUUUCACGAUGAGGGGUCGAGCUGCUGCAGUUUGCUUCCAUAGAACCGUGUGACGUUCUCGCAUGCUGAUUGUGCCUUGUGUACAAUGACAUGAACCCUGAAAAAAAAAAUGUUUAAUGCCAAAUAUGUGACGUAGAAUAAGGUGUAGAUGUGGACAGCUCAGCAUCUGCUCAGUGUGGCCCUGGGAUCCUGUCAGUGAUGUGAAACGUUAUUUAUUGAGUUGUGAAAGAAGAGAAGGACUUUUCCUCCUCAGUACAGCUGGUUAGUGACACUACAGCCUUAUAGCGCCACCAACAGGAGACAUAUGUACGCUGUGUGUUCAUUCGAUGAAGGGGACUCUUAUCAGGUACUGAGUCUUGCUUGAACAGGAAAUGACAUGAAUAUAAUGUGUAUAUAUAUAUAAAUGAAAGGUGAUGUACUUUUUACUAUGUAAUAAAUAUAAUGUAA